ACCUUAUGGUGGUUACCAACAACAACAACCUUAUGGUGGUUAUCAACAACAACAACCUUAUGGUGGUUAUCAACAACCGUACGGUCAACAACAAGAAACUGAGGAAGAUGUCGAAGAAAUUAAAUCUCAAAUUCACAGCGUUAAACAAGAUUCUGUAAACUCGACUUUGAAAUCGUUACAGAUGAUUGAACAAGCUGAACGAGCAGGACAAAAUACUUUAAAUAAACUUGGUGAACAAACUCAUCGUAUAAAUUAUACUGAAACUCAAUUGGAUCUCGCUGAUGCACAUGCUGAGAUAGCAUCCGAACAAGCCAAUAAACUUAAAAAGGUCAACGGUUCUAUGUUUGGUUUUGACGUAAGUAAUCCAUUCACCAAAGGGAAACGCGAAGCUAAGGAAUUAGCACGUGUUCAAGCUAUGCAAGAAGAACAAAGAGCUAGUCGUGAAAAUAUGAGAGUCGGUAAUUGGCAAUCACAACAAAGAAUUAACUCAGCAUUGAAACAAGGCCAGAAUUCAUCUAGUUAUAAGCCUGGAAAGUCCUCACAAGAACAUAGAGGUAGAUUUCAGUUCGAAGCUGAUGAUGAAGAUAAUAGAAUGGAGGACCAAUUGGAUAAUAAUUUAGAUCAAAUUUCAGCCGGGUUAACCAGAUUAAACGGCAUGGCUAUCGCAACUGGCCAGGAAAUAAAGAGCCAAAAUGAAACUUUGGAUAGAAUUUCCGCGAAAACUAAAGAUGUGGAUGAUUCUAUUGUCAAAACAACUUAUUCAUUAAAGAAAAUUAGAUAAUUUAUUUAAUUAUAAUUUUCUUUUUUUAGGUUUUACAGAUUUAUUUAUAAAAAUCUCUUUUUUAUAUAUUUCAUGGAACAUUUUAUCAAUUAUUAUUAAUUAUUAGACUUCUCUUUUGAAAACAUUAUAAAU